AAAGAAAUUUAAAAGGCCAAUCGUCAAUCUCUUCGAGAUAACUCAAACUUUAUCAGCAUGUUCCCGAAGCACCACCCAGUUCAGUCUCGUCCCGUCCCGUCCGUCCUGCUUGAUUUAUUUGUUUAUGUUUAUACCGCGUAGAACGAGCAAAAACGAAACCAGACUUUCUCGAGUUUAGAAGACAAUCUACCAAUGUCCAAUUGCUACUUUCUGUAAACAGAACUCAGACUGUUGUUUGAUUUUUUUGUUUUUUUUUGUUUUUGACUCUUGCACAUCAUAUCAGGCAGGAAUAACUGAACACAUAGAUGGGUACAGGGGUUUCAGUGCUGGUAGGAGACGACGGAUGUGAAAAGUCAGCCUCAUUUUAUCAGCGUUCAUGACUUUUUUCACGGGAAACCAACGGUUCAGCCAUCUACAAUUGUCCACAAACCUCUAAAAUGGCUUGCAUAUUAUGACUAGACAAACGCAAUUGUCUAUUGCAUUUCUGUGCCAGCUUUAUAAACAAGCCUUUUGUUUGUUUAAUAGCACGUUUGUUUACAUGAAUACAAUAUCUCGUUACCCUAGCAACCCAGACCUUAAGGGCCCGUUUGCUUUGCUAUCAGUAGGGGUUAAGCCAAUCAGGAGCCGCGUUGCUCACGUUCUCGUACCUACUUUCAUUCAUCGCUCGGGCAACGAGUUGGCUGGUUGUAUCUUGUUAACUGUAAACAUUGCAACGGUUGUGCUUGUUCACGUGGCUUGAGGAAAGUCACGGAAAACCCGGCUUUUUCUACUAUAUAAGGCACGAUUUCCUAUACUAAGAGAUCAGACCAAAGCGAACCACUUCUCACUAUAUUCAAGUUCUUCUUGAAUUUUAAGCUCUUUUAUUUGCUUUCAUCGCUUCUUUGACCCUUAGGUCUUUCAUUUCUUUUAUAUUUUUUUCAGUUGGACAUUCUUUUGAAGACCUUCUCAUCUUUUAUAUUCAUUGUUCUUUUUUGCAUCGUUCAUUUAAGACCAAGUCUUUUGCAUUUUUCUUAAUUUUCGAUAUUAUUUUUGAGUUUUUCUUUCUUUUCAUUAUCUUAAGCAUCUGAUUCAUCAUGUUGUUUUUCAAGUCUCUUUCUCUUUCUCUUCUUUUCCUCGCUUCUCGCGUCCUAGCCGACGACAACAAGUGCUCUGGCGAUAAAAACGUUACUGCUCAAAGUGACCUCGAUAACAUCAGCAGCUGCAGCAAGUUGGAUGGCAGCUUGUACGUUAACAACUUGCAAAACAGUGGUGUCACUGUCCUUAACAUUGAUGGUGUUAAGGUGAUCACUGGAGAUGUCGAAGUUUCCCACAGCCAAUACUUGCAAACCGUCAACUUCCAGGACCUUGAGACCGUUUCUGGUAAGUUCAGCAUUCACGAUAAUACUCGUUUGAACUCGCUUCCCGCUCCUAAACUCACUGACGUUGGCUCCUUGGAUCUCAUGGUCUUGCCCGCUUUGCAACAUCUCCAAUUUAAUAGUGGUAUCAAGAAGGCCGGUGAUGUCCAAAUCGUCGACACUAACCUCGAGGAUAUCCAGGGUAUUGAUGUCACCAGUGUUAAAUCCUUCAACAUCAAUAACAACAAGUAUAUUGAAUCUAUUGAUAUGCCCCAAUUGGAAACUGCCCAGUCCAUCAACAUCGCUUCCAACGCUAGAAAGGUUGACGUUAACUUUAGCAAGCUCGCCAACGUUAGCGGCGAUACUAACUUUAAUGGAAUCAGCAACGUUUUCGUCGGUAACUUGAAGUCUGCUAAGGGCAGUCUUGGUUUCACCGACACCACCCUUAACAAUGUCUCUCUUCCCUACCUCACCUCCGUUAGCGAAUCUCUCUACUUUAUGGAUUCCCAAGAUCUUAAUAGCUUGAGUCUUCCCAACUUGACUACUGUUGGUGGUAGUUUGACCAUCAACAACACAGACUUGGCUAAGAUCUCUGGUUUCCCUAAGCUUAACGAAGUCGGUGGUGGUCUUACCAUGCUCGGUAACUACUCCUAUGUUGACCUUCCCAAGCUUACUGAUGUUCGUGGUAGUUUGCUUCUUGAAUCUAAGUCCAGCAACUUCACCUGCCCCUUCAGCAAGAGCGACGGCGUUAUUAAGGGUAAUGACUGGACUUGCAAGGGCGAAGUUUCUAGCAUGGCCAAAUCUUCUGAAGUCUCCGCCACUGCCACUGGAUCUAGUGACUCCUCUGCUUCUGCCACUUCCUCUUCUAUGAGCUAUUCCGGCUCUUCCGACUCUCAUGGAAAGUCCGCUUCUUCCGAUUCUGGUGCUUCCACUGUUGCCUUCUCUGCUGGUAUCGUUGGUAUCGUUACCCUCCUCGGUGCUGCUCUCAGCUUGUAAGUGAAUUCAUUUUAAUAUUCCUUAAAAUAUGAUGGUUUAUCCAGCGUUUGCAUUAAUUGCCCUUCGUAGUGGCGAAGGGAUUUAAUAUUUAUUAUUUGUAUGCAAGCAAAAGUGUUGGUUAUUUAGCUAUUCAGGUGUCACAAGUCCGUCACUUCCUUAGGUAAAUUGGCUUGUCUAUGGAAUAGGCAAGGUUCUGGGGAUAUCAUGAAGGUUAUAUCCCAUGAAAUUGGUACAUAGUUGUUUAGGUCAUACUCCGAUUUCCUUUGGUCUGUUUUUGUUGCAUAUAUACCCUCUAGCGUGAUUUGUUAAUGGUGGAUAUAAAUUUUUAAUGUUUGGUUAGUUUACUUGUGUGUUUAAGAGACAGGCUUUUCUUGUUUAUUGUCAUAUUAUAGAUGAUUUUUAGUUAACUAGCUGUUUUACAUUGAUGCUGAAAGCAAUGUAUCUUUUGAAAAAAAUGUUUACUGUUUUUGUAUAGUCAAUACUAUUUACGUAAGCUCUUUAGAAUUUACUAUUUGACAUCUGUUUUCGGUGACGGAGAGUUCAGUGUUUAUAAUAUUAAUGUACACGAGAAAUACGAAGCAACAAAUUUUUUACGAAUUAACCUAUGAAAAUAUAAGACAUACUUCAAGUAAAAGAGGUAGAUUUCAUAGGUUGAAACGAUCUAUUAAUUUCACAAAAUUCAUUUAAUCUAGGAACGUUUGUUCUAGGAAUUUACUAUAACGCUAAGGUUAGGAAAAGAACUAAAAUUGAGUACUUCGAAACGUACCUUUUUAGAAGAAGAAGCUGCCUUCCGCUCAUCAGCAGCACGUUGUUUUGCUCUCAUGAUUUCAGCCUGACUAACAAGUGUUAAUUUUAUGCAAUUCAUUGACGAAGAAUUCCACAUAAAACCCGGUAGAUAACCAACACUUACGCUUCCAGACGCUUAGCGGGAUUCCCGUCUUGCUUCUUUUUAGCAGCUUGUUGCUUUUUUGCAUUACGAACACGAUCGACUUCACGUUGGUUACCACCUGUAGAGAGAAAAAGAAGCAUUAGCAGAUGAUACAAAACUAAAAGGGUAAAACCAACCAACUCCUUGAAUCCAAUCAAACCUUCACCCUUUCGCCCUCACUUCCCUCACAGAAAAGGAAGACAUUACGUCCUUUCAACCUGAAACGCUAAAGUCGUUCUAUAGCAAAAUGCAGCAAAGUGGAUGAAUUAAAAGCAAAGAAACAUGAUAGUAUUAAUAAAAGAAGCGAUGUAUCAUGUUAUGUUGGUUAUGAAGGAAGGAACCUGGGACAAAGAAGGCUUCGGCAUGGAUUUCUUACCGGGUUGUUUUUUAUAUUUUCAAUGUUACUUACGAGACAUCUUACAAAUAGUGAAGGAAAAAAAAAUUGAUUGAGUACUUUAAAGUCAUUCAGACGACAAGUUUCUCGGAAUAUAUGGUGGUGAGUUUUGUGUUUGUUUACGGUGUUAAAGCACAAUAAUGAAGUUGAGUGCAUUGUCAAAGUUCGAAAGAAAGUUACGGAAUAAUUUUUUGCGAAAAUGAGUGAGGAUUUCUAUCAUUCAUUAGUAAACAAACGAUGGCAAUUGUGAAGUUGAACAUGUAUGAGAAAAAUAAUGAUUAUCUAUAAUUAAACAAUAAAAAUAAUAAACGAAACUUAAAAGUAAGAAGAAAAGAAUUCAGA